AUGGGCAUCCAUGCUGUUAGCGUCAUGCUAGAGGCUCUCAAUAGAGAUGCCCAACAUGCUACUAUCGCCAAGUUCAUUCAAAAUGAACUUGACGCUGAACGCGAGAAAGUAGCCUUGCUUCACCAACAAGGUUCUCAACAAGCAGAGUUGUUGAGAGAACAAGGUGCUCAACAGUUUGAACUGUUGAGACAGCAGCAGGCUGCUGCUGGCGGGUCGAUGCACUCGCGUCGGCCCGAGACUUUGAAGAUUGACAUCUCAAAGUAUAGAGGGGUCGAAGAAGACUCCCUCUUGAGAUAA